CUCAGACUCUGCGCGGGGAGCUCCCAACCUCGUCGACCCUGUAUCUCUUGUUUCUUUCUCGUCCCUCUCCUCUCUCUCCCGUCGUCUCGACGCCUCGCAGCAGCUUCUUCGUGCCGCCGCCAUUUCAAUUGGGCCCCAAUUGGCCAUUCCAGCCCACGAUGAGAUUCGGCGAACAGCUCAAGUCGUCGCUGAUCAAGGACUGGUACUUCUACUACAUCUCCUACCAGGACCUGAAGGACAGCCUGAAGACGCCCUACGAGUCCGAGCCCGCCUACCGCGUCACCAGCAGCUUGUCCGUUGUCCCCCAUGGCCCCAAGCCCAAGCGCCGCCCGUGGACGGCUGAUGACGAGCAGCGUUUCGUGAGCGAGCUGGAGAAGGAGCUGGAUAAAGUUUACACCUUCCAGAAAGUUAAGAGCCAGGAGAUUGUCCGCCGCAUCCAAGCCUCAGAGAAGGAGGUAAAUGAGGUCCUAAGCAGAGCAGAUGCCCCAGAUGGCCAGGCUGAGGGCCCGUCUGAGGAUGACUUCCUGCUCUUGGAGGAAGACUUGAGCGACAUCAUUGCCGACGUCCACGACCUAGCCAAAUUCACCCAGUUGAACUAUACGGGGUUCCAGAAGAUCAUCAAAAAGCACGAUAAAACAACAAAAUGGGUGUUGAAGCCCGUCUUUGCAGCUCGCUUGCGGAGGAAGCCUUUCUUCCAGGAUAACUACGAUGCAUUCAUCAUAAAACUGUCCCGCCUCUAUGACAACGUGCGGACACGAGGCAACCCAGUCAAAGGCGACUCGUCUGCCGGCGGGAAACAGCAGAAUUUCGUUCGCCAGACAACCAAAUACUGGGUGCAUCCGGACAACAUCACCGAGUUGAAGCUCAUCAUCCUGAAGCAUCUUCCUGUUCUUGUAUUCAACCCCAACAAGGAAUUUUCCAUGGACGAUACGGCCGUAACAUCCAUCUACUACGACAACACAGAUACCUGGGAGUUAUAUCAGGGCCGUCUGAAAAAGACGGAAGGAGCUGAGGCCAUAAGAUUACGUUGGUACGGAGGCAUGCAAAGCGAAGCCAUCUUCAUUGAGCGAAAGACGCAUCGGGAAGACUGGACUGGCGAAGAGUCAGUAAAAGCCCGUUUCAAGAUGAAGGAAAAGAACGUAAACGCAUACAUGUCCGGCGAACUCACGGUGGACAAAAUAUUCGAGAAGGAACGCAAGGAUGGCAAGAGAAGCGAAAAGGAUAUUGCAUCCGAUGAGGCCCUCGCUAGGGAGAUCCAGUAUCGAGUCAUCGCCCGACACCUUGUCCCAGUAACGCGAUCGUUCUAUCACAGGACUGCCUUCCAACUGCCAGGAGACGCUAGGGUUCGCAUAUCGCUAGACACGGAGCUCACUAUGACGCGUGAAGACAACUUGGAUGGGAAAAAGCGGGCUGGAAAGAAUUGGCGACGGAUGGAUAUUGGCGUCGACUGGCCCUUCUCACAGCUUCCCGCCGAAGAUGUUGAAAGGUUUCCAUAUGCUGUUCUUGAAGUGAAGCUACAGACGCAAGCUGGCCAGGAACCGCCGGACUGGAUUCGACAACUCACGGCCAGCCAUAUUGUGGAAGCCGUGCCUAAGUUCAGUAAAUACAUUCACGGAAGCGCAACGUUGCAACCAAACCGCAUUAAACUCCUACCAUAUUGGGCUCCGCAGAUGGACGUGGAUAUUCGAAAACCGGUCACUCACCGUUUCGGCAUCGAACGUCCUGGCCAAUCCAACGAUAUCUCCACAACGGGAAACCUAGAUGACGACUCCGAUGACGACGAAGACAGCUCUACUGGUCUCCCUGGAGCUCACCAAAAUGAAGACGACACGGAAGAAUUGCGUCGCCUGCGUGCUGCCAGAGACGCAAUGGAACAACACGAUAUGGACCAACGGCGAGACUACGGCACAGUGACGAACGGAGAGGGACCCAAUGCGCUCGAUAUUGAAGAGCGAAUUGCAGCUCAACCUCUCCCAGAAGACGACUACCCGCUUUACGACUCGGAUGACGAAGAAGACGACCUAGAGGAGGCACGCUACACGGGUGGAUGGCACUAUUACUCGAAAUGGCUGAAGCAGCGUGGCACCCAGCUCGGGAAGACAACACUAGAUUGGGCUAAGAUGCUGAUCCCGAAGCCGAAAGCAACACCCAUGCCUACCAAUGGGCCAAGCAUGGGCGUGCCGAAGGUCAUGGGCGAGGUGAAGCGAUUCAAAGCACCAAAAGGAAAACGCAUCCAUGUCCCUGUCCGCGUCGAACCAAAAGUCCAACUCGCUACCGAGCGUACCUUCCUCGACUGGCUCCAAUUUAGCAUCCUGCUCGGCUCCAUUGCAGCCACGCUGCUUAAUUUCGGCGAUAAUGUUUCGUUUGCGGCGGCCUGGUGCUUUACUAUCAUCGCGCUUGUCUCGCUCUUCUAUUCCAUGGGGCUGUAUAUGUGGCGUGUGAAGAUGAUUAGGAAGAGGAGGGCGGUCACGUAUCAUGAUAAGAUCGGCCCGACGGUGCUGUGUAUUGGGCUCUUUGCGGCUGUGGCGGUGAGUUUUGGAGUUAGAUUUGCGGGGGGCGAGUGGAAGGGAGGUUUGAAGGGGUGAUAAAAAGGGGAGAAGAGUGCGGAUGUGGAAUGUUGGGAUGGUAUAUGGUUAAUGUGGUUUCGACAUUGGUAAUUCGAGAUUGACACAAGCCGGGAAUGAUUCGAAGGUUCGUAGCACUUGGCAUCGGUCCUUGGAGUGCACUGUAUUAUAAACCGCCGCCAUACAAAACCAUUCAUACAUUGCUGUAGCAAAACGU